AUGCCUAUAGCUAAUGACACCCGGUUCCAUACUUCUUCAUUCCUACUGCUGGGUAUCCCAGGGCUAGAAGAUGUGCACAUUUGGAUUGGAUUCCCUUUUUUCUUUGUGUAUCUUGUUGCACUCCUGGGAAACGCUGCUCUCUUGUUUGUGAUCCCGACUGAGCAGAGUCUCCAUGAGGCCAUGUACUACUUCCUGGCCAUGUUGGAUUCCAUUGACCUGAGCUCGUCUACAGCCACCAUCCCCAAAAUGCUGGGCAUCUUCUGGUUCAAUAUCAAGGAAAUAUCUUUUGGAGGCUGCCUUUCUCAGAUGUUCUUCAUCCAUUUCUUCACUGUCAUGGAGAGCAUCCUGUUGGUGGCCAUGGCCUUUGACCACUACCUUGCCAUUUGCAAACCUCUUUGGUACACCAUGAUCCUCACCAGCAAAAUCAUCAGCCUCAUUGCAGGCAUAGCUAUCCUGAGAAGCUUGUACAUGGUCGUUCCACUGGUGUUUCUCCUCUUAAGGUUGCCCUUCUGUGGACAUCAUAUCAUCCCUCAUACUUACUGUGAGCACAUGGGCAUUGCUCGUCUGGGCUGUGCCAGCAUCAAAGUCAACAUUAUGUUUGGUCUUGGCAGUAUUUCUCUCUUGUUAUUGGAUGUGCUCCUUAUUAUUUUCUCCUAUGUCAGGAUCCUGUAUGCUGUCUUCUGCCUGCCCUCCUGGGAAGCUCGACUCAAAGCUCUCAACACCUGUGGCUGUCACAUUGGUGUUAUCUUAGCCUUUUUUACACCAGCAUUUUUCUCUUUCUUUACACACCGCUUUGGCCAUGAUAUUCCCCAAUAUGUCCACAUUUUCUUGGCGAAUCUAUAUGUGGUUGUUCCUCCCGCCCUCAAUCCUGUAAUCUAUGGGGUCAGAACCAACAUAUUAGGGAGACAGUGCUGAGGAUUUUCUUCAAGACAGAUCACUAACCAGUUGGAGUUUGGAGGGUCU